AUGAAUAAUCCAGUCGGUAAUAAUGUUGGGACCGACCAAGAAAAAAAGGUAGAAGAAGAUGUUAUUAACGAGUUUGGAAAGGUCAAGAAUGAAGAUGUUCACGAACUUGUUCAGCAACGUAUAUUUGCUUUAAAGCGCAAUGUAACUGUUGCAAAAUCACCAACUGAUUUUUUAGGAUCUGAUGUUCGCGAGUCUUUGAUUCCUUUAAUUCAAAAUGUAUUACGUGGAGUUAUUAACUUAAUGAAUGAGGGUUGUAAAGAAUUUAAUAUUUUAGAUGUCAUGCCUGGUAAAGGUACUCAGGUAGACUGGUUUCUUGCGCAAGAAUUAGAAUUAACUUUAAGGAAUUCGAAAGAAAAUAAUUUGUAUUUGAUAGAAUCAAAUCCGGAAUUUAUAAAUUCAUAUAAACAGACGGUGAAAAAUUAUGCUCAUUUAAAAUUCGUAAAAUCUUAUAAUGGAAAGGUUAAAGAAUACUAUCAGAAAUCCUUAGAUACAAAGGUUGAUUUUAUCAUGUGUAUGGACCUAUGCUUUUUAACUGAUUAUAGCGAACGAAGUAUUGAUCCACAGAAAGAUAUCACUGAUUUCGUCAAAUUUCUUUAUGGUCAGCUGAGACCUGGUGGUGCUAUAUUCAUUACCUACUUGGAUCUCGAGAGUAAAUUUUCUCAGAUCAAUUUUGACUAUAUUAAAGAUACAACACAUCAAAAUAACAUUAAAAAAAUUGCUAAAGCACGAGAAGAUCUAUUAUAUAAUGGAGAUAUCGUUAACAAGUUAAACUCAGAUGGAAAAUCAUGUCCGAAAGUAGAAUCCCAUAAACUUUCUACAUUUUAUUAUGCUAAAAGUUUGGCUGAGGUGGCUGUAAUGAGUUUGGAUGGUGGAUUUGUAAAGAAUAAUAAGGACAAAUUUGAAAUUGAGCAUUUAAAAAGUUUGAUAAAAAAGGUUAAGGAAGUAAAUGAAAUUGAACCUCAAAAAGGCCAAAAGAGGCCUUUUGGAUUGUGUAGAGCCGAACGUGGUAGAGAUCCUUUGUGGAGAGUUGAAAGUUUACAAUAUGUUUGUAUUAUUCGCAAGGAAAAAUAA